AUGAUUCCUGAAGCUCUUUCAAAUUUUUAUUUCCGCCUAGAUGAAUUCGAAAAGAAACUCGAGAUUCAGGCUGGCGGUUUUGGGAAAGUUUCCUACAAUAAGUUGAACAACCAAGAUGUGGCCAUAAAAAUGAUGAAGGAUCCGGAGGAGAUUCUCAAAGAAGCAAAUAAGCAUAAACAUGUCAAAGAUUGCAAGUUUAUUGUUGAGAUACUCGGAAUCAUUUUUGAUGAGACUGAUUCGCCGAAAGGUUUGGCACUUGAGUUGUGCUAUUUGGGAACGCUUUAUCAAGUGAUUAUGGGCUGGGAAGUGCACACACUUUACAACAUCGCUCAUAUCGUCGUUUGGAUGGAACAAUUGGCCUCGGUGUUGCUCUACUUGAAAGAGAAAGAGCUCGUUCAUCGGGACCUCAAGCCUCUCAAUAUUCUGAUGUUCGACAAAUACCGCGAGAUUCGCGUCUGUGAUUUCGGUAUCUCAGCCUGGGAAAAAACUGUGGUAAAACUGGCCGGAACAGUCAGCUUCAUUGCGCCAAAUUCGUCGAUUCACUUCGCCGAUCAUCGAGAUGACAUGUACAGUGUGGGAAUGAUUCUGUGGCAACUCAUCUUCAGAAAACAUCCAUAUCUUGACUACAAUACUGAAAAUCCGGCAAUUGAUAACGAUGAUGUGUUGGAAAGAGUGGGGAAUGGGGAAAGAUUGCCGCUUGAUGAGACACAUUCAUCCAUUCAGGAAGUGAUCUCGGGUUGUUGGGCUCAUGAGAAGGAUGAGCGUUUGAGUCCUGAAGAACUAUACGAAAAGAUGGUUGAGUGGCGAAAGAAGAUUCAAACAUCGAUGGAAAAGUUCUCAAAGUUCUUGCAAAUCUCAUUCACAAUCCAAGAAACAAUCUUGAUUUGCUUCUCGACAAAUCGA